AUGGCAGAGGAGAGUCUUGAAAUCACAACGUUUUCUCAGUUCAUAUCCAGUUUCGAAACCUUACUGGUGAAGGCUUUACCCACGGUUAUUGGAAUGGAAUUGAGUAUACUUACAACGUUGGUGAAUAUGUAUUUCAUUAUAGGGAGAGACAAUGUGAUUGGAAUAGGUUUUGGGACAAUAUAUGCGAAUUUGCUUGUAAAAGGAUUGUUACUUUGCAUGAAUUCUAGCAUCACCUCCAUAAUGACUAGGUAGUUUAAAUAGCAUCAAUAUGUGAAAAUUGGGAUCUCCUAUCAAAGAUCGUUGCUUUUGAACGGAGUUUUUCUGAUUUUGAUUACCCCUGUUAUUGCUGGUUCAACCUUUAUUCUCUCCUAAUUCAAUAUCCCGAACAUUGUAGUUGAAAAGGCUAUUCAAUACGUAUGGGAAAUGCUACCAGCCCUAUACGCAUUCACAUACUUCGAUUGCACCAAGAACUACCUGACCUCCAUGGGCAUUGAUUAUCCAGUCUUAGUUAUACAAAUAUUUACUACUAUUUUGCAUAUCUACUUAUCUAAACAAUUGAUAGUGUAUUUGGGCCUCGGCAUAAGUGGAGCAGCUUGGGGUAAGAAUUUUUCAAGUUGUACAUCUUCAUUGCUUAUGUAUAUUUACAUUUUCAAAUAUUAAUAAAAUCAUCCUGCUUGGAUUGAAUGGGACAGAAGAACAUUAAAAUCAAUUUUUUAAUUUUCAUAUGGAUUAUUGCACUCAUCCUUCAAAAAUUAUUUAUAAAAUGUGUCUUUUGAAAUAAUGGGGUUUCUUGCAUUGUGGCUAACGUAUGAAGAAUUCUCCGUUUGUGUUUGCCUCAUUUUUACAGCCCAAGCACUGUAUAUGUUUUUCUUGGGAGUAGCCAUGACUGCUGCUUCUAGAAUACGAAGAUUAUUUAAAGAGCAAGAGUAUGAAAUAGGAAGAAAGCAUGUUUGGUAUUAUUUAGCAACCAGCUUGAUGACUGGAAUAUUGUUAUGCUUCUUAUUGGUAGUAUUCAAAUAAUAAUGGAUUGCACUCUUUUAUAUGGACAACGAAACAUCACUUAUUUUGUCUAACAACUUAAAAUUAUUCUUACCAACUCUUACGAUUGGUGGGAUGUAAAUUAUGUUGGCAAAUCUCUUGGGUGCCUUGGGAGAAGUAGCGUUUACCAUAAAUGUUUAAUUGCUAUGUUAAUAUGCAAUUGGAAUUGGAACCGGCAUCUAUUGGGGAUAUUAUCAUGAUUAUGGAUUGAAAGGAUUGUGGUUUGGAUGGGCUUGUGGAUUGUCAGUAAGUGCUGGAGUACUAUUUGUGAGAUUAAUAUUGUUGGAUUGGGAGAAGAGUGCUGCUUAAAUGUUUAUAGAAGUAAGGGAGGAGACAAAUCAACUACAGCAAUGA